GGCGGCACAGCUACAUCCCAAACACCGCUGACUGAGCGUCCCUGUCGGGUUUCUUCAUCUUUUCUCCGUUGGCGGACACUCCAAACUACUGUGCGAUCAUGAACCGAUGCGCAACAUUUGUUUUGAUUGUCGCCUUUGGAAUCGUGUCCCAGCUGUCGCAUGGUGCUGAGGUUACUGUCCAAGACAAAGAUGGCAAAUUAUGCCUCUAUGCCAAUCUAAUGGUCAACUUCUCAGUCUCAUAUGAAGUAACUGGCAAUAAGAGUGCGACUGUUGAGUUUGAACUUCCGGGUAAUGUCACAACAGAUGGAAGUGAGUGUGACACCAAAAGCUCAACGCUGAAGCUUAAUUUCGGUGAAGGACACUCCUGGAGCGUGAACUUCACCCUCAGUGAAAAUGUGUACCAGGCGGACUUCGUCACCUUUUCCUACAACCUCAGCGACACGACACGCUUCCCCAAUUCUGUAUCAAAUGACACCACCCGUGUCACCGUGAAGCCUCACAUUACAGACGUAAGGAUGGACACCUGCUACUCGUGCAAGAGCAACGACAUGAUCGAAGCUGAUUUGGUCAAUCAGACGCUGUGGAACGUGCUCAUACAGGCUUUUGUCAGUAACGACAGCAGGAGUGAAAACAUUACCUCUUGUGCUGCUGAUCUACCCACAACCGCUGUUGUCCCCACCACUCAUUCUACCAGUACCACCACUGCAGCCCCUGUCACAACCCCUACUGCCCCUCCUACUACCACCACCCCGACCCCCACCCUCCCUACACCCUCCACUGGGAAGUACAGCAUCAAGCCUGAUGAAAACAGCACAGCCUGUCUGUUAGCCAGCUUUGGCCUGCGGAUUGGUUACAAGCAAGCAGAUAAAUAUCAGGAGAUGAACUUCGACCCUAAUGGGACCAUAGUCUCUGGAUCAUGUGAAGUCAACAGCAGCGAGCUGGUGUUGGUGUCUAACACUUUGACCCUCAUGUUCACUUUCACCAAUGACACGAAGAAAUUCCGCCUGCGCGCGCUCAACGUCACUGGAACAACAAGUUCUGGGGUGCAUUUUUCUGAGGCCAACACCAACCUGAGUCUGUGGGAGGCGGCCGUCAGCAGCUCCUACAUGUGUAACAAAGAGCAGAACUACACCAUCACCAGCCAGCUCACCCUCUACACCUUCAACCUUCAAGUUCAGCCCGUUGGAGUCCAGAAGGGUGUUUUCAGUACAGCCCAUGAAUGUUCAUUGGAUGACACCAGCAUCUUAAUCCCAAUCAUUGUUGGCGCUGCUCUGGCUGGCUUGAUUCUCAUUGUAGUGAUCGCUUACGUGAUUGGUCGAAGAAAGACUUAUGUUGGAUAUCAGACCCUUUAAAUCCAGUUUGCUAUCGAUCCUGAAAUAUCAUGGGGUUCCCAAGCCUGGUCCUUGGGUUUUAUGUUCAUGUCUAAUUUGCAAAGGGCUUAAAAAUUCACGAGUCAAAAUCUGAACUAAAGUCACAGCUGAGAAAACAUGAGAUGCAGUUUUAUAAACUGUCUGCUGUCAGAAAAGUAGAUUUAACUCUCUCUUGGUAUUGAAUUUAUUGAUCAUUAAGGGACAUGAAAAGCACAUGGAACAUUUUUGAAUUGCAGUUGCCUCAAGGGUCUUUAAUGAUGCUAUAAUAAGAGGAGUAAAAUCCACGUAAAGUUGGAGGGUUUGGCGUUUUUCUCAAGGACCAAACUUGUCUACCCCCAAUGUUUGUUUCUUUUUUGUUGUUAUCUGGAUGUUUUGUCUUUCCUUUUUUGUUGUGAGUUUUUUGUUUAGUUAAUGAGCAAGUGCAAGAUCCACACAACUUAAAUUAAGUAAUUCCAAUCACAUAAAAGGUGACAUUCAACAUAUAUUAUAUAGAAUUCUUGGAGUAUACGUGUACAGAAGGACAUUACAAAAGCCCCUGGACAUUCAUUAUAUCCACAUUUUUAGCAUGAGACGUGGGGCAGUUAGAAGUUUCAUGCUGCGAGGUCCUGCACUUGCUCUCCAGACAUUCCCUUUUUGUUUUGUCAUUAUUUAAUCUUUGUGCACAUUUUAGUUACGUUUUACUUCUUUUAUGGUUUGACUUGUCAUCUCAAUUAUUCACAUCAUGACAUACAAGAACGCUAACUUUCACAGCAUUUCACAAAGGAAGAUGGUCAAUCAGCCUUCUUCCUCUGAUCCCAGAAAUUCAUGAACGAGGAUGAAGGUCAAUUCCAUUUGGAAAUUUGUCAAAGGAAAUUCGCUUUAGCCCAUGUUUGCCCCUGUAGAGCAGGAGGAACAUCGGAAUUAUUGUCCUGAUUUUUGUGGCUCCAAUCGUAUUAAGAAUGUGACAUCAAAGUGUUUGUUGUUUAAACAUGAAUAGAGCUUUUUUUUGUGUGGAAGACAUUUCGACAUAUGCCAAGCAGUAAAAGUCCAGGUGGGACUCAUGACAUUAACGAUGCCAUUUAAAGCUGAAGGCCCCGAAACUGACAACUACAUGGGAUCAAGCUGUCGUUAGUGUUAUUAAUUACACCUGUGCUUCUUCUGCUACACCAUCUCCAAAUGUCUCCUGUUUAAAAGGUCUCUCACAUUUGCACAUGCUCCAGUUUAUUCUCCAGAGAACAAAUCUGCAAAGAAAGGUCACCUGUUGUUUUUGCUCACAUGAUACAUUACGGCAUUAGGUUUAGAAAAGGGAGAAUUUCGUUGUGUAGACACUCACUUUCAGCACAGACAGUUCUGAAAUGAGGAUAUAUACAUACAAAUGCACUACGCCGCUCUUUUGCAUUUUUGCUUUAUGUUGAGACUGUUGUCACAUUAUCUCACCUGUGUAUAGGUCUGGGCUUGGCCUGAGCUCUGAGGGCUGCAGCUGCAUCAGGGGACAUUAAAGCUCCUGAAAACUUAAAGUUCAAAGUUCAGGAAAAAAAUGUCUGAAUGUAUUUUUUUCAUAAGAGUUUAAUGCAGGAAUAUGUUUUUUUUUAAGUGAAAUAGGCUUAUUUCCUUUCCUGCUGAGAGUUGGAUAAGAAGAUUGACACCACUUUUAUGUCUGUCUGUAAAGUGUCAGGCUGCAGCCAAGAGAACGUUUUCAGUGUUUAUGCUAAGCUAAGCUAACCUUCAUUUUACCUUUCAGUCUUCUCAACAAGAGAGAACGAACGUGAAAAUGAAUAUUUCCCAAAAUGUCAAAUGAGUGCUAUAAAAGCUCAGCUUAUCUGGACCAGGUCUUGUGACCUCGUGGGUGUGGUUUGAUCAGUUUAGUUCAACAGACCUCACACCUGUCUUCAGAGUUUGAUUCACGAGCUGCUAAAUCCACCCAAGUAUGUGAUACAACAUCACACGAAAUAGACAAAAUUGACGCAGGCAAAUUGUGUCCUCGUGUAGGACCCCGUCGCAAAUAGAAGCUGAAAGUGAGUUUUCAGGAGCUCGCGAGUCAGGGAAUCAGUGCAGGUUGCAGUGAUGCAGGAUCAGGGGUGAAGACAAGCCUCAGAAUGUGUAUUUCUAUGAUAGAAAGCCAAUGUGACACAUGGUAGUAGCUGUUAUUGUUGCUGAGCUCUAGCAGAGUGCUGUGUACUAUCAGCCUUGUUCCAACUCUUCAGGGCUGGAACAACGCAGCCAGUAAACUGCACGUGACAAUGACGAGAAUUACUUCCAUUUCAAGGUUGCUUAUAAAAGUUGCUCUCCCAGGAUGUUGUACGUGUGUAUGAAUAAUAGCUAUAAAUCAAGUACUGCUUUGAUUUUGCUUGUGAUUGUUGCUGUCCUGUGUAUUUCAGCUUUGUACGAACUCAUUUGCCUUAAUUAUGCAGAUAGUUUUGCAGCACUGGUAUAAAUGUUUGUUUUCUCAAGGUUUAUCUCCCGUGUUCUCAAUAAAUCAUCGAACAUGUCCAUCAUCAUGACAACUGUGCCUCGCUCAGUGGAAACGUUGGGUUUUGGGUUUUUUUGGCAACAUGAUUUGGCUCGCUAUUUAUCUUCCCUUCGCAAGUUGAGAACAUUGCACACACGUAUUCAGCAAAGGGAAUUUGUGCUGCAAGACUGUCAUUUAAAGAUCAAUCAGUGUGUGUUAUGUGGAUACAAAUGACUGCUGAUUUCAUCUUCAUUCUCUCACGCUGUUAGCUCUGAUAAAAUUGUGUGUCAGACUGAAGUGGAGCUUUUUAGUCUUUUUAGGAUGUAUGGAAAUAAAAGUGCAUUGCUGUCCUGGA